CAGUACGAGAAGGUGACGGCGGGCAUCAGUCUGUGCCUGUUUAAAAGACGCUUUUGCGCUCAUCUUUCGCAGACCCGGCACCCUGGGCUGUCUUACGUUUGUCCAGGAACUUUUUGUUUCUCACCCGCCCGUGCCUAUACUACCCCAACUAUCGCCGCUCUUAGACCUUGGGGUAAUAUUGGGCUUACUUUAUUCAAUUGCUUCUUUACCCCCACUGCAACGGCGCCCUCCCUUAUCCGUAUUCCGUCAACCAAGUGUCGCAAUGAGGUUUGUCGCUUCUCUCGCCCUGGGCGCUCUCUCCAUUGGCGCCGUCUCGGCUACACCAGCCACAGCGCUAGACAGGCGGGCUGUCUCUACAGACGGCACCUGCGGUGCAUCUAAAGAUUUUACAUGCAAGGGAUCCUCGUACGGCGACUGCUGCUCGCAGUACGGAUGGUGCGGAUCCACCUCAGCACAUUGCGGAAGCGGAUGUCAGACGGACUUUGGAACUUGUAGUGGAGCUUCCCCUGCGCCUUCACCAUCUCCUUCACCAGUUCCGUCGUCAUCCCCACCGACUCCAGCAGCCGAGGACAUUUACAAGUGCUUGAGCAACAAGAAUGUGCCUGCCAAGAUCAGCAGCGACGUCGAGUAUGCGACGCUCUCAGAGGUAUACAACCUGCGCAUACCCUUUAGCCCUGCUGUUAUUGUUCUGCCCACCACUGCACAGCAUGUGCAAGAUGCCGUCACCUGCGCUGCUCAGCAGGGUAUGAAGGUUCAGGCCAAGUCUGGCGGCCACUCGUAUGCCAACUUCAACACUGGUGGCAUCAACGGCGCCAUGCAGAUCAACCUCGAGGGCUUCCAGACGGUUGAGCUCAACAAAGACACUGGUAUUGCAGCCGUCGGAGGUGGUGUCCGCCUGGGCAACCUUGGCGAUGGCAUUUGGACUCAGGGCAAAGCUGCCGUUCCACAUGGUACUUAUCCUGGCAUCGUUGGCGUCGAGAUUGUUACGGCUGACGGAAAGCUUGUCAACGCGUCUGCCACGCAAUCGCCAGAUCUUUGGUGGGCGUUUAGGGGUGCUGCCGACUCGUUUGGCAUCGGCAUCAAGUUCUACAUCCAGACACACCCAGCACCAGACAGCAUCACAUACUUCCAGUUUGCAUUCAAGGGCAUCCACGACUCCAAGGACGUCUGGACAAAGACAUUCCUCCACCUCCAGGACUUUGCCACCAACAGCACCGUCGUGGACCACCGCAUUUCCUUUGGCAUUUACCUCGAUGGCUCGGGUAGCUACAGUCUGAGCGGCGCCUUCUUCGGCACCCCCGAGGAAUUCAAUUCCACCAUCAAGCCCGAGCUCCUGCGCACGCUCCCGGACCCCGUCAGCCCCCUCGUCGAGGCCAUGAACUGGUACGACUACCAGAUCAAGGUGUCCGGCAAGACCAGCAUCAAGGUGCCCGUGGGCGGCUACAACGACCACGAAGACUUCUUCGCCAAAUCCGUCACAGUCCCUGAAUCCAGCGGGCUCAGCGCCGCGGCCCUCGACGCUCUCUACGACCACCUGCGCUCCGGCUCCGCCAAGGAAUGGUACAUCAUCAUCAACCUGUACGGCGGCCCCGGCUCCGCCAUCAACACCAAGGACAUCAAGUUUGCCGCGUACGACGACCGCAACAGCCUGUGGGUCCUGCAGAACUGGGGCUACGGCUCCACUCCCAUGGACUUUAUCCAGGGCAUCAACGACGCCAUUAUCAAGGCGCAGCCGCAAACCACGUUUGGCGCUUACCUCAACUACGUCGAUCCCACGUAUGAUCCGGCCACCGCGCACAAGCUGUACUAUGGCGACGAGGUGUAUGCCCGUUUGUUGAGCAUCAAGAAACAGGUUGAUCCCCAAAGCGUGUUUUGGAAUCCUCAGGCUGUGGGGAAUUAA